UUUGCGUGGUGGCCAUGCAUUGGUUGGCUACAAUGCUGGGCAUGGAAUAUCUCAUACACAGUUCCUACGUCAAUGGAAGAAGGCAUAGUCAACAUCACCCUCAGAACUAAUGUUAGAAGACCUGGAAUGUGUGUCUUUCAAGUUGACAGAGUAGUCUCUCAACCACAACAAACUUGUGCGGAUGCUUUUCGAGGAGUUGAGAUU